AUGAAGAUACUUCUUUAUACUGAUUCUUUCUUUCUUUCUUUCUUUCUUUCUUUCUUUCUUUCUUUCUUUCUUUCUUUCUUUCACACGAAUAUAUUGAUUUCUUCCUUUCGCUCGAAUAUACUGAUUAUUUUUUGUUUGUUUGUUUCUUUCUUUCUUUCUUUCUGUCUUUCUUUUCGCCUUUCCAUACUCUUUUCGUUGGGCCAUGAAUCAUUGAUUGCCCAUUUAUUCCUUCAUCUCGUUACUUUCUUUUUCCUUUUUUUUCCUUUCAUAUAUUCGUUCCUUCGUUCGAUUCUUUAUUUCUUUUCUUUUCUUUGUUUGCUCGUUCGUUUGUUUGCCUCUUCUUUCCUUUAUAGAUUUCUCUUUUUCGUCAUUUGUUCUUUCUUUUUUUUUCUUAUACUCCACCAUUUUUCCUUUAAGUUUUUAGAUUCGUUUUUUUCAUUUUCUUUGUUUAUUAGUUUCUUUUUUUCGUUCGUUUUUCUUUUUUUUCUUUCGUUUUUCUUUUUUUUCUUUCGUUCUUUCUUUGUGCAUUUUUAUCUUUCUCCAUUUCUUGGUUCCAGAUACCAUAUUUUGCUUUUUUUUUUCAACUUGAAUGUUUACGUUAUUCGUUCUUCCUCUCUUGUUUUCAUCCUUCCCUCCAUCCUUCCUUCAUAUAUCCCUUCCUUCUUUUUCUCAUACCUUUGUUUAUUUAAAUCUUUCUUUCUUUCUUUCUUUCUUUUUAAUUUUUCUCCUUCUUCAUUUUUAUUGAUUCAUUUCUUCAUCCAAAUUCAUUAUUUUGCUUUUUCUUUUCUUUCACCUUGCAUAUUUCCUUCCUUCCUUCCUUCCUUCCUUCCUUCCUUCCUUCCUUUUCCUACAUGUUUUGGAUUUCACUUUUUUUUUACCACCUUUAUUUUUUUCUCCCUUUUUAUACAUUCUUCUUUCUUUUCUUCGUUUCCUUUUCUAGAUUCGUUUAUUUAA